GCGCAGGCGCGGUGGACGGAGGGCGGGCGAUGGCAGGGGUCGAUUCACCACGGCGGCUCGCGAUGAGGCGGCUGGCGUUGCUGGUGCUCGCGCUGUGUGCGGUGGGCGUCCGGGGGCUGUACUUCCACAUCGGCGAGACUGAGAAGCGCUGCUUUAUCGAGGAAAUCCCCGACGAGACCAUGGUCAUCGGAAACUACCGCACCCAGAUGUGGGAUAAGCAGAAGGAGGUCUUCCUGCCCUCGACCCCCGGCCUGGGCAUGCACGUGGAGGUGAAGGACCCCGAAGGCAAGGUGGUGCUCUCCCGGCAGUACGGCUCCGAGGGGCGCUUCACCUUCACUUCCCACACCCCUGGUGACCACCAGAUCUGCCUGCACUCCAACUCCACCAGGAUGACGCUCUUCGCUGGCGGCCGACUGCGUGUGCACCUAGACAUCCAGGUUGGGGAGCAUGCCAACAACUACCCGGAGAUCGCGGCCAAGGACAAGCUGACAGAGCUGCAGCUCCGAGCCCGCCAGCUGCUCGAUCAGGUGGAGCAGAUCCAGAAGGAGCAGGACUACCAGCGGUACCGUGAGGAGCGCUUCCGUCUGACCAGCGAGAGCACCAACCAGAGGGUCCUGUGGUGGUCCAUCGCUCAGACCGCCAUCCUCAUCCUCACGGGCGUCUGGCAGAUGCGCCACCUCAAGAGCUUCUUCGAGGCCAAGAAGCUGGUGUAGUGUCCUGUCCGUAUGACCCUUCCCUCUCACCCUGGUUAUUUGGUACUUAACAUACCUGGCUUGUGAGGGGGAAUAUGAAAAAGACAUAAACCACAUUGGUUCCCUGGCAACAAAACUUCCCAAUCAGCCACUCGUUAACACUGGUUCUCAAGGACAUAGGACUGCGGUCCGAGAUUUCAAAAACACCCUGGGGUUUGCGCACAGUCCGAAGUGACCCGGAAGUAAGUCUUGCUUCUUUGGCCUCCAGUGAUUCCCCCUCCAUCCUGUCACAAAAUGAGCAACGACAGGUCUGUCCUGGAACCUGUCCUCGUCUGCUCGUGCAGUAGCAGGGGAAGUGCCCUCCCGAGGAGGCCUGCCCCUGCUCCCGUCCGUCCCGGUUCACUCGGUGGCCCCGUGAAUGUAAAUAAGUGGCCAAGGCCCUAGAGGAUUGAAAUGUUUUUCUAUAUAUUAGAACUAUUUUUUGAUAAAUUAUAUAUUUUCCUUCCUAGUUGAAGUGUUACUGCCUGUGUGUGACUAGCUGAAAACACCAAUGCAGCUCCGCCUGCAUUCUGUUUACCCACGUUUUUGGUAACUACUGUGGCAGCUCUCAGAUCUCAGCGGCCCGUGGGCUGGAAAGCGGACGUCCCAGCUGCUGUCCAGGCCCUACCCGAGGGCCAAGUAGAGACCCCUCCGAGGCACCCGAGGGACGCGUCAGUCGGGGCCCGGGAAGAGCGCGAGGUUGAGCGCACGCACAGGCAGGGCGCUCCUCCCCUCCCCCUUCCUUUGACCUUGAUUUAAGCUGUGGUGGUGGUUUCAUGGAACCAGAGUUGGUUCUUACACAGAUUUUUCCAGUGAAAUAAAACGUGUUGCAC